CUUUAUCCAUCCUCUCUGCGAUAAUUCAACAAUGGAAGAUUUACCACCAGACUAUCAGGAUCAGGAUCUCCCGUCCUACGAAACCAUCACCAAUACCACAGCAGCUGUCCCCGCCAAAAGCGUCCUCGGCCCCGCAACGCUCUACAUCUCGGGCCGCUUCGUCUACUCAACCGACCCCCAAGCGCCGCCGCUGUACGAAUUCUCCCACUCUAUCGGCUACUUGCACGAGAACGACCGCAGCGUAAAGGUCGAACGGGUUGAUCAAGUUGUCAAGACAUCAGCCGGGACAUCACAGGUCGUUCUACGGAAUAGACACCUCUUUGAUCUAAAGCACCCGACCGCUGCCGAGUUUCCCAACUUUGCGUACCACGCCGAGGCUGCGAAUCGUCGUGUGCCGUGUUCGUUUGGAGCUUCUAGUUUUCGAGCUGGUGGGAUAUUAAGACAUGGGAAGGGAUAUCGCUUCGAGCGUGCGGUGAAGGGUGCCGAUCGAAAGCUUGAAGCCCAAGAUGCGCUGUUCGAGGUGAACCCUUCGCGGGACAAGGCAGUUGGAUACGAGUGGAGGGAUGCGCAAGGGGAGCUGAUAGCUCGUGAGGUCAAGGAUGAGAUGGCGAGCAUGAGCCUUGUCAUCACAGCCGAGAUGAGCGCCGACAUGCGCGAUGCUCUCGUGGCGGCGUGGAUCAUCAGGAUAUGGUGGCAGCUGUCAAACGGGGAUCAUUCAGCGAUGCGUAUGAUGAUGGUCAACGCAUCACGAGGUCAAAGGAUCGUAAGCGGAUCAAACUUGAACAGAGCAAGUUAUCUACUCUGAGAAACAAGUGAUACGCUGCUGGCUGGCGUGGUGCUUGAGCUCGCAUACCGUACCCAUGCGAGAACAUCAGACUGUUUUGCAAAGGAUUUGAGCAAUAAUUUGGCAGCGACAUGAAUGAUUUUGAUAGGAUUUGAUUUAUUAAGCGAUAUCCUGGAGUGGCGAUAGGUUCAAUAUAUGUCCCAUAGGCUGAUUUUGCCGUCUUUGGC